AUGGUCGGUUCGAUACUGCGCAACCUCUUCUCCCCGUCGACGCGGCGUCUCGCGCCAACAGUCACAUCCGCCCUCCCAAGGACCAUCGUCAAUGCGUCGCCGCAGCGCUCCUUUUCGACGACGUCCCCUGUCUCCGCCACUCUCAACCAAGUCCUCCGCGGCUGCCGCAAAGGCAAAAAGGCGCGCCACGCCACGUCGCCUGCGCUGGCGGCCUUGCAGAGUCCCGCGAUGAAGGGUGUCUGCCUACGUGUCGGUGUCGUCCGUCCCAAGAAGCCCAACUCGGGGGAGCGCAAGAUUGCGCGUGUCAAGCUCAGUUCCGGCACGCACAUUACGGCGUACAUCCCCGGUGAGGGUCACAAUAUCCAGCAGCACAGCGUCGUGUUGGUGAGAGGCGGGCGGUCACAGGAUUGUCCUGGUGUGCGGUACCAUCUGGUCCGUGGAGCGAUGGAUCUGGGCGGCAUUGCGAAUCGUGUAUCGUCGAGAAGUAAAUACGGAUCAAAGAAGCCCAAGAAGGCGACGGUUGGUUAA